CACGAACUGUUUAUUAUCCUGGCAAACACGUAUCAUUCGUUUCCUCGUCUCUCCGCCGCAAUAUGAUUUGUUCUUCGACCUGAAACAAAACUUCCCAACUGCCACAACUGGCCUUCGCGUACUACUGAUAACACAUCCAUCCACGACCCAGGUGCCGUAAUGCGAUCCUGCGCAUCUUUCCGCACACUAAAUUGAUUCUGGAAAGGUUGACGGGAAGCCACUCAGCCUCACUUGGAACCUGCGACCGACAAAAAACAUGUUCUCCCGGCGAUCAAAGUUCAGCCUAGUUAGCGCCGUCUUCGCGGCCAGCUCCCUCUUCUUAUUUAUACACACCUACCGGUACGGAGGCCCAGAGAAAGCCGGCGGCCUUGGCAGUUUGCUGUCGCGACCCUUUGAAGAACAGGCCAAGCCGCCGCAUCCACAUGGUACCGAAGACAAAGAUGGCAUCCCCAAGAAGCUCUGGUUCAAGCUCGGGCCGAAGGGUCUGGAUGACAACACGCGCGCUUGGUCAGAAAGUUGUACCAAAAUAAACCCGAACUAUGAAGUAUCUUUCAUGAACGAUGCAUCCGCCGACAAAUGGGUCAAACAAAAUUUUGGCAAGACACAUCCCGACCUAGUCGAGCUGUACCAAGCACUUACAGUGCCAAUUUUCAAAGCAGACAUCUUGCGCUAUCUGUUCCUCUUCCUCGAAGGCGGCGUCUACCUCGACCUCGACGUAUCCUGCGACCGACCGAUCGAAGAAUGGAUCCCGGCGCAGCACAAGGGCAAAGUCUCCAUCGUGGCCGGUUGGGAGUUUGACGUUGGUUGGGGUGAGAACUUUGUGCGGCAGUUUGCGACUUGGACCAUCAUGGCAAAGCCCAACUCGCCGCACAUGUGGAACGUAGUUCACGACAUUCAAAAGACGAUGCUCGACAAGGUUCGCGAAAAGGGCCUCGCAUCUCCCGCGAACCUGACCAUGCCCAUGCUGGGUGACGUCGUCGACGUCACGGGCCCGCGCCGCUUCACCCGCAGCGUCCUCGACAGCCUCGAGCGCAAGGGCGACAAGCCUCAGGACAUGACGCCGUACGAGAAGUUGCUCGAGCCGAAGAUCAUGGGAGACCUUCUCAUCAUGCCAGGCUGGGCGUUUGCCGGCUCGUCCAACACAUACGAGGAAUCGUUCCAGAAGCCGCCGGGGCUAGUCACGCACCACUACGCCGGAUCGUGGAAGAACAACAAGGGCGGCGAGGCUUGAUGAUUACACGUUCUCUUUUCUUCUCAAUUGUUGUGAUCUGCUUGUUUAGUUACUUUAAUUGUACAGGAACCAUACCUUGGCAUUUAAGACGGAGUUAAUAAGGAGUUUGGUUGCUAGAAAUGUUGUUCCAGACCAUGAUAGACAAAGGAAGUGCCAGGAAUGCCCACAGACACCGGCUGCUGUGAUAGUUUUUUGAGGAUGCUUGUUAUAGUAUUUGAGCAGAUGUAAAAUCUGUAGCUGCCAAUGUCAAGGG